AUGCAUAUUCAAUCUUCUCUACUACCUCAAUGGAAAUGGUUUGUUGACUAUGCAAAUGUGGGAAACCGUAUUUGGCUUGCAUGGGAUGAUAAUGCUAUUGAUGUCCAUAUUCUUGAUUUGGGCGAACAAUUCAUACAUUGUCGAGUCACGAAUAGGGCUGACAAUGAAAUUGCUAUCAUUACUGUUGUUUAUGGUGCUUCUGAAGUGAGUGGUCGACGUGCCUUAUGGAAUUCUCUACAAACCCUUGCCACACAGUGCACGGACGUUCCAUGGCUGGUGGGAGGAGAUUUCAAUGCAGUCCGCAAGAUUAAUGAGGUGUGUGGCAACUCGGGAGAUAUAAGGAUUGCUAUGGAAGAUUUCAACAAUAGUAUUCAGGAAGCUGGAUUGUUGCCAAUGCCUAUGCAAGGUGAAUGGUAUACUUGGCACAAUUGCAGCACGUCUACGAGGAGCCUAUGGAAACGAUUGGAUAGGAUACUCAUCAAUGAUCGCUGGCUAGCACGGUUUCCUACUUCAUCAUAUCAUAGUCUUACACCCCGUACUUCGGACCACUCGCCGUUGGUCUUAGUUGGAGACUCACAGCAUCAUAACAAUCGAGGUAUGUUUCGGUUUGAUAAUUACCUAACCCUAUCGCCUGAUUUCAUCCCCAGUGUCCAGAAUAUUUGGCAACAUGAGGUGAUUGGCGUGCCUAUGUAUGCGGUGACACGUAAACUUAAGGCCCUGAAACCGGUCUUCAGACAACAAAGGAGGAACAAAGGGGAUUUGUCACAUAACGUCCAAUUGGCGAAGGGAUUUCUCGAGGAGUUGCAGAUCAAUGAUGAAAAUGGAAGCACUCAUGCAGAACCGGAGGAGGUUAUACAUGAGUUUGUAUCCUAUUAUCAAAACCUCUUAGGAGGUAACAGACGGCAAACAUUGGUGGAUAUUACCUAUCUCAGACCUUGGGCGAGGCAUAUUAUUACCAAUGAGGAGGCACGCCAGUUAUGUUUACCUUUUACAUCGGAAGAUGUGAAGAAUGCCGUGUUCGAUAUUUCUGAGGACAAGGCUCCGGGCCCUGAUGGAUACUCAUCUGGAUUCUUUAAAGCAGCCUGGCCAGUGGUGGGGACUGAGGUUACAAGGGCGGUACUGAAUUUCUUCACCACGGGGAAACUUCUUAAGCAAGUUAACUCUACAUUAUUGGCUUUAAUCCCAAAGGCAGCGUUUAUCCCGGGACGAAGCAUUGGAGACAACAUUCUGCUUGCUCAGGAACUGUUCACAGGAUAUAAUCAGACGCGACUUCCCCCUAGAUGCGCACUUAAAGUGGACAUUAGAAAGGCCUAUGACACGGUUGAAUGGGACUUCCUUGUGGCGACCUUGCAACUAUUUGGGUUUCCACCAACCUUCACAAGGUGGAUAGAGGAAUGCAUCUCGACGACCUCUUUUUCGGUUGGACUUAAUGGAAAUCCUCAUGGGUUCUUUGAUGGAACGAGAGGACUUCGUCAGGGAGAUCCCUUAUCCCCAUUCCUGUUUGUGCUUGUUAUGGAAGUUCUGCAUAUUGGUUAUCUUCCAUUAAUUGAGCAGGAUAUGCAAUUCACAUAUCACUGGAAGUGUGAGCUAGCAAGAGUAUUCCAACUGGGAUUUGCGGAUGAUCUCCUGCUGUUUUGUAGAGCUGAUUUGGACUCGGUCAGAGUCCUUAAGGUGGGACUGGACCGAUUUGCUGAAUGGUCUGGCCUUCGGUUGAAUAUUCAAAAAAGCCACAUUAUUAUAUCCCGGUCUGCACACGAAAGGAAAGGUCAGUUGCUUAUCGCUCUUGGGAUUUCAGGAGGGACAUCUCCCGAUGAGGCGAUCAUUAAGGAAGUUGAGAAACGCCUUCGAAGGUUCCUUUGGAAAGGCACCUCAAUGACGGGUUAUGCCAAAGUUGCGUGGGAGGAUGUUUGGAAACCGAUUGGGCAAGGAGGCCUUGGAAUUAAAGAUAUUGAUGCGAUGAACCGAGCACUAAUGACUAAGAAGUUGUGUGAUGUCAUUAGAUGUGACCGAACGUCUAUCUUGGUUGAGUGGCUACAGCUCGGACGACUACACAAUAAUUCCAUUUGGACUGUUGACGAGAAGAGUGGAUCGUGGGGUUGGAGAAAGCACUUCGUCUACACAGCCUUAUCAAACCAAUGGUGGAGUGUUAUAUUGGAGAUGGGAGGAACAUCUUUCUGUGGAAGGAUCCAUGGCAUCACCUGGGCCCCCUGA